AUGUCCUCUGAAGACGUUCUCGAUCCGCGAGAGUCAUGUCGUCCUUUACCAUUCGCCGAGCUGAUGGCACUUGAACCACUCGACGAUGCCCAUCAGCAGUUGAAAAAUAUCGCAAAUGACUCUAAAAUGUUAUACCGGUUUUGCUCGCGAGCGGUCCCGUUUCCUCCUGGGGACGGUUUUAUGGCAUUUGGAGGGCAUGUAUAUGCUCAAUCGGCAUAUGCCGCGUCCAAAACCGUUGACAAGGGAUUUACAAUACAUAAUAUUGCCGGUACAUUCACGCUUCCGGGACGUCUUGACGUUCCAUUUAUAUAUUCGGUCCGGCGCAUACGAGAUGGGAACCUAUACUGUACUCGCACGGUCGAUGCACGGCAAGACGGAGAUGUCUGCUUCACGUGCGUGUGUUCGUUCAAACGAGGUGAAAAGAAACAGACUUUUGGCCAUCAACCCGAAGCUGUUCAGCAGCGCUACAAGUCUAUCCUAGAUGGGAAGCGUCCUGAAGACCACCCUGCCAGUCCAAGUGUGGAUGCGGACUGGUGGAUCGAACAUGUUGAAGAAGGGGAUAUCACAGAGAGAGAAUUUCCCGGAGUAAACGUGAGAAAGGUGGAUAUGAAGGGAUAUAAUGACACCGAAGAGAUCAAGCGAAAUCCAGAGAAGUACCGCCAGUUAAGCCUCUACUCCAUCAAAGGAUCCCCGGAUCAUCCUACCACGUCAGAAAGCAUUCUCGAUCUCAAAACCAGAGACCAGUCUGGAGAGUUCGAUAACCUCUACAUAUGUGCACAUUUAUAUUCCAGCGACAAAAACUCCAUCCCGUUAAUCCCACGCGCACUGGGCAAUGCAAACUUUAUUGCACUGGCGAGCUUGACGUUGACGGUUAUGAUUCAUCAGCAUGGAGAAGCUUUGAGAAUGAUCGAUUGGGGCUCCGUAGCAUCUGGUGAUGCGAAGGAUUUACCGAAGAGGUGGUUUGUGCAGGAAGCUUGGACUCCUCGGUCAGGAGAGAACAGGGCAGUCCAUGAGAGUUGGUUAUGGGGUCCGAAUGGUGCAUUGUUGGCAACCACGCUGCAAGACUGUCUACUUCGAUACCCAUCUGAGGAGAAGUUAUAA